AAAUUACUGCAAUCUGAAUGUUGCUUUUGAUUUGAAUCAGUUGCAUAUGAAAUGAUAUUUCUUUUAUUCGAUGAAUAGAACGUGACGAUUUCAUGAUAUCGUUUAUUUUUUGGUGGUUUUCAAUAAAAAUCUAAUUGACAGCCACAUUGAUACUUGUUUCUGUCAUAGCAUCACAAUUUCUGUCAAUACUUUAUAGAGACAAGAAUUGCUGAUAACAAACCUUUAUCAGGAAUCAUAUGUUCCAAACUAUCAAAUCAAACGAUACCGCAUAAUAUAAAGUUCUGUGGAAAUAUUUACUUUGUCAGUUACUUGAAAUUACUUGCGGUUUCUUGCGAAAAUGCACGAGUUUUCUAUUGAUUUAAACCAACCGAGUGCUUCGUUCACUUUAAUACCUCCAAGUGUAGAAAAUAAUCCGGAGAGCGAAACUUCCGCUAAAACUUUAGACGAAUUGAUUCGCAACAAAAUCAAGAAUCAAAAACGAUUCUUCGGCAUCGAAAUCUCGCCAGCAUCAAGUGGAGAGGCAUUGAAUUACAAUAAAUUUGCUGUGCAACCAUUAUUUACUGCAGUUACCUGGCUCUUUGAUCACAAUUUAAAAUAUGGCUCAUUUUCCAUGGCACCGGCUGUUCAGCUUGGCAAGUUAGCGGAGAAAUGUUCACCCGUGCUUAUGCACUUGACCUGUUACCAACUACAACGGGAAAAGUUGCGUGAAUUUCUUGACGUUGGGUUCACAAAUAUCUUGGCAAUAAAAGGCGAUUCGAGUCAUUCCAAUGAAAGCCAACCUUGGACGUAUGCCAUCGAUUUGGUGCGAGCAAUUCGGGAAAUGAGUACGGAUGCAACAGUUGGAGUAGCCGGUUAUCCCGAAGUUCAUAGAUUGGCCGAGAGUCGAGCCGAUGAUUUACAGCGGCUUAAGGAGAAAGUUGAUGCUGGUGCCAAUUUCAUAAUAACAAACACUUGUUUCUCGUUUGACCAUUUGGCGGAAUUUGUACGGUCGUGUCGUGCUAUCGGCAUUACGGUGCCCAUCAUCCCCGGUAUUUAUGUACCUUCUUCAUAUGCCGAACUUCAUAAAAUGUGUAAUAUAUCAAAAGUUGAUGUGCCACACGACCAAAUGGAAAUGUACGAACGCUACAAGGACGAUAGACAACGUUUCACAGCCUAUGCCAUUGAAAAUGCGGUUAACCUAUUGACACAAUUGUUUACAUUCGACGAGUAUCCGAUCUUUGGCAUACAGUUUUUCACACUAAAUAAAUACGAGCAUAUCUUCGAGGUUGUACGGAAAUGUGAUUUUGCAAAUAAAUGAAAUGAUUAAUAUUUAA